AUGGGGACUCCCAAUGCCAUGUGCCAAGUCGGCAGGGUACUCGACGUCAAAAGCUCAUCUUUCAUCACCCGUCGUUCCAUUGUGUGGAUCCGGAUGGGUUCUUGUCUCAAGGGAAACAACCCUACACAGCCCUACUGUGGUCAUGAUGCCAACGUUGGAAGCAAAUGCCCAAUACAAGAGGCAUGUCGUGGACUCAGCUCUGCCGAGCAAAGUUCCAAGAAAUAA